UCCCGAGUUGAUAAAUGAAAUGAAAGUUUUCUAUGAAGUGUUUUAAGUAGCCAUCAGUUUUGCCUGAGUUGACGCAUAUUUAUUUGAAAAGGAAUCAAUUGUAGGGUUUUGUUGAAGCUGUUAAAAGGCGAAUGAGGAAUGUUACUUAUUGUCUAUGGGCGCUUUGCAAGGUGGUGUGAAAAUCUUAAAAGAAACUUAUGGUGUUUCAUUUGUCUUCACUGAAAAGUAUUGAUCUCUAGAAGUACUGGUCUCACAUGAUAGAAUAUACGUUAUUGCUUGAUAUAUAGUCGGCCAACACGAACGCUGCCCAUAUACAUCACCAUCGUCGAGCCUGUCACAUCAAUUAAGUUGGACACACCAAACGAGAGGCAACUUAUUAAUUGUUUGGAAAAAACUUAAACAGUACGAAAAUAUAAGUGAAAAAAUAAUUUGGGAAAACUUGAAAAUACAUCAAUAAAAUUAUUAGCGAAUUAGGAAAAAUGUCGGGAAAUGAAUUUUUUGAGAUGAAACGAGACAAGGAGGAAAAUAACAACAAGAAUUAUUUACGAAACAACAGUCCGAUAAACUUAGCAAAAAAUGAUGUGAAACGACCUAUUGCCAUCGCGCCAGUUCCAGUUCGCAGUGUUCUUUCCAUUGAUGACAUUUUAGGGAGGUCGUCCACAUGUGAACGGCAAGAACCAUCUACAAGACCAAAGGAUCACACGAGUUAUGAACAAAGAAAAUACAAAGAACAAAAAACAUAUGAAAAUGCAAAAUCCCCUACAUCCAAAGAACAGCGUGUUGACUUUGAACAAUUUCACGAAAGGGAAAACUCUAGAUCACCGAGCGAAGAAAAUAUAGAGCGACCAGAUAGUUCGCAUUCCUCGCUUGAUGCCAGUAAUACAAACAUAUACGGUGGACUCACUUCUGCCAAUCCUUUCUUGAUGGGAGCUGGCUCUCCACCAGGAACAGCUUUAGGUGGGGCUCAUCCGUUCGCGUCUCUAUCGAUGCCUCCACAUAUGCAGUUACCUGGUUUUGACGUCAGUUCAGCUGCCUUAUUAUACCCAUCUCUGUUGAGGCAACAUAUUUUUGGCCUCAAUGUUCCAAAGCCAGUGGGUAGAAGGGCGAGGAAGCCUGGAGUAGACAGAAAGCCUAGACAGGCAUAUUCCUCAAAGCAACUAGAACAACUCGAGGAGGAAUUUAAGACCGACAAGUACCUAAGUGUGAGUAAACGUAUGGAGCUGUCCCAGGCCCUCAGCCUCACUGAGACGCAGAUAAAGACCUGGUUCCAAAAUAGAAGGACGAAGUGGAAGAAACAAAUGACAGCACGGAUGAAGAUGGCGCAAAGGCAGGGUUUAGUUCCGCCAUAUUGGAGCCCAAUUACAUCGCCGUAUGCCUUUGCCAGCCCUUACCUCGCUGCAAACGGGACGAGCUUCGCCUCCCCUGUCAGUUUACCGUCUGCCUUCGAACAAUCCACAACGACAACAACGACAUAAACAGUUUCUUGUACCAGACGUCUGUAUAACGACAUGUAUAUAUAGCAGUCUGCUUUGUUUGAGUCUCUUCCCUCCUCUCUCAU